UCCUAAAAACGUAAACUUCUGCCGCGCCUCUUUGGUUGUCUUUUUAAUUACCUGGGCGUCAAUUAAUCGCUCUGGCAUGAAAAGCUGUACUUUUCACUGUAAACGAGACGCCGAGUGUACAGUAAUAGAAAUAUUAUCCCGUGGGUCCGAGCGUCAGCUAGCUUGUUAGCGACGCUGCUAAGUUGGCGUGUGAAGUGACACUUUGCGAAGGGCUGCAGGUUACUGCCGGCGGCAUAAUGCUGUCUGCGCCCCCCGCCCCUCUCGGCUUCCUAUUGCCUGAUAGUGGAUACCGUGCUGGUAUCACUCAGAGGGAACGACGGAGCUCUUUUAACUGGCUCAUUUGUCUUUUUCCCGAUGAAGCUGUGGUGACACUGGAGGCAACGCCGAGCGGCAGCUCGAUAUGGACCGAUCGACGCGCCAGCUGGGUCCCAUGGCGCUGGCAGAGCGCCCAUAGCUCCGGCGACAUGGCGCUCGCCCCCGACGGGGCCGAAGGCUUUUCUGCUGCAGCCUUGAUGGCCAAUGGCUCGAUCACGGAGCAGAGCCCCACUGUGCUGAUAGGCGUUUCCAGCAUAUUCCCGCUCAUCCCCGGGCAUCCAGAUCAGCCCUGCUCAGUGCCGGCGUCCAGCUUCCGGCCUUUUGCCGAGACGGCAGAAGAGGAUGGACAGAGUCUCACUUCGCAGGACUCUGGCAUCCCAACACUGGAGAUCAAUGACCCAGAACCCUUCCGCUGUGUAAGGCCCACUUUACGUGAGGGCGUGCCGCCCCGAGCUCGGGGCUCCGACGACGGCCCUGCCACACUGACGCUGGAGCCAAUGGACGACGGAGGGCUGCGCAAGUCAUCAACUUUCCCACGCAGCGGCUUCGACUCGGCACGACUGGCGAGCCCUGGCGUGCGCAGUGCCCUCCACCGCAGCGACGACAUUUCCGUGUGCAGCGCGUCCAGUCUGAGCACUGAGCUGUCUGCCACUCUGUCCGUCAGCCAUGAGGACAUGCUGGACUUCAUGGUCACCUGCGACUCCAGUGCCGUCGUCGCGCUGGAGACCGACGAGGGUCACUUCUCCGAGGUGUCGCUCUCCUCUCCUGCAGUCCUCGGUGACUCCUGGAACCAGUCACAGCACAACACAGUUGCCAUGUCCCAGGAAGAAGGUCGACACAGGAGGCUGGGGCCCUUUGCUAACUUCUUCAGCAGGAGCCUGUUCGCCCGCAAGGGGAAGGAGGCCCGGCCGCUGUCGCAGAGAGAGCCCGGCUGGAAGCUCUUUGGGAAGGUGCCCCUGCGAGAGGGCUCUGUGAAGGACCCCCGGAGGAUCCAGAAGGUGCACCCAGGAGGGGAAUAUGAAACGAGAAAGGGGCGUUCCGGCAACCCCCCCUCUCCGAGGCAGAACGUGAGGAAGAACCUGGACUUCGAGCCUCUGUCCACCACAGCGCUGAUCCUGGAGGACCGUCCAGCGAAUCUCCCAGCCAAGCCCCCCGAAGAGGCCCAGAAGCACAGGCAGCAGUAUGAGGAGAUGGUGGCCCAGGCCAAGAAGCGGGAGCUGAAGGAGGCCCAGAAGAGGAGAAAGCAGCUGGAGGACAGAUGCAAGCUGGAGGAGAGCAUUGGGAACGCGGCCCUCACCUGGAACCAGGAGAUCCUGCCCAACUGGGACACUAUGUGUACAUCUCGGCGUGUGCGGGAGCUGUGGUGGCAGGGCGUGCCCCCCAGCGUCCGGGGCAAAGUGUGGAGCUUGGCCAUGGGCAAUGAACUGAACAUCACCCACGAACUGUACAGCAUUUGUCUCGCGAGGGCAAAGGAGAAGUGGAAGAGUCUCCCCACAUCUGACUCAGGGGCCGAUGCUGAUGAGAUAGGAUUGUCGCAAGCAGACAGAGAGGCCAGUCUGGAGCUCAUCAAGCUGGACAUCUCUAGAACAUUUCCCAACUUGUGUAUUUUCCAGCAGGGGGGGCCGUACUACGACGUGCUGCACAGCAUACUGGGGGCGUACACCUGCUACCGGCCGGAUGUGGGAUAUGUACAGGGCAUGUCUUUCAUCGCGGCAGUGCUGAUCCUGAACCUGGAUACUGCGGACGCCUUCAUCGCAUUUGCAAACCUUCUGAAUAAGCCCUGUCAGAUGGCCUUCUUCAGGGUGGACCACAGCCUUAUGUUAACCUAUUUUUCAGCAUUUGAAGUGUUCUUUGAAGAAAACCUACCAAAGCUUUUUGCACAUUUCAAGAGCAACAACUUGACUCCGGAUAUAUAUUUAAUUGACUGGAUCUUUACCCUGUACAGUAAAUCCCUCCCGCUGGACCUCGCUUGUCGCGUGUGGGAUGUGUUCUGCCGGGAUGGAGACGAGUUCCUGUUCCGUACGGCGCUGGGCGUCCUCAGGCUUUACGAGGACAUCCUGACCAGGAUGGACUUCAUUCACAAUGCACAGUUCCUCACGCGGCUGCCCGAGGACAUCUCAGCCGAGGAGCUUUUCUGCUCCAUCAGCAGCAUCCAAAUGCAAAGCAAGAACAGGAAGUGGGGCCAGGUUCUCCAAGCACUGCAGAAGGAACAGGAGAGAGGCAGCCCCGUCUUAAAGCGUUGAGUGUAUAGAAAUCUCAAAGCAUCAUAAUCUUUAUUUUAGAAAUCUUACUGGAUUUUUGUUUCCCCCUAUUUUUGAAGAAGCCGUUUGUAAGAGCUGUAUAGACAGGUUCUGAAAGCAGUCAAGCUAGGAUUCUGUCUGGCUGCAGGGAAUGUGAGGUUGCAGGGCUCGCACAGAGUCUAAGGACCAAAGCCUUAAAAGCUGGAAGCUCCAGUUUACUGGCCCAGCAGCUAAUCGAAAGGGGCACCUCGAGCGUGAACGGCCCUCAUCUCUAACCAGGUCUCACUCUGGGAGCGAGGUAGAUGAACAGGCCUCUUCCUCCUUUGGGUGUGUCUUACGCUGCUAUUGGCAAUGCUGUGCUGUCUUGGGUUGGUCUCCUGUGACUGUAGGGUUCUGUGUGUGUUUCUGACCUGCUGACCUGAGGAGUGGUGGCAAAACUCCACUAGCUUUGUAAGAAGAUGAUGUAUGAAGAUGUUUCCUCCAGGGGGAGCUAUUUGCUCUUAGAGGGGCUGCACUGCGUACCCUCUGGUCGACUUUCCCCAUUGUCCUUCAUAUGCGCUGGGAACUGAGGUCACAUUUUAUUUUUCGCCAGUUGACACUUGGAGUGGAUGACUCCGACCUUAAAUUUGCACAUACAGGAAGUGUGGUGCAAACCCCCCCCGCCCCCCCAUCUCCUACUCAUCGUGUUUCUGUGUGCUGCUCCUGCCUUCAGUCAUGUGAAACGGACAGUCUUUCAUCUUUUCGUUUCUGUGUCUUACUGAAUGGUUUGACACUCAAUCCCCGUGCAGCCCCCACCUUUCCUCUGUUUGACGCGUCGUCUACAUUUCGGUUAGUACUGAUGCACUGCAGGAAUGGAUUUUGCACAAAGUGAAGGAUUCAGCUGUAUGUUUCACAUCCCUGCUGUAAACGCUGUUUUGUUGUAUACGUACUGCAGUGUGGUGCUGUUUAUGCGUUAUUCACUUGCAUGUUACAUGCCAGCUCGUAGAUCUUCAGGCCGGAGACACUUUAAUCCCAAAUAUUCUACAUCCUUUCGCUCAGUAUGUCAGAAAAGAAGCAUCAUGUAAAGUUGUCCUGUGGGUUUUUAACUCUAUUACUACUAUUAAAAUGCAUUUAUUUGUUACAUCUAUUUACUUUUUAAAAUCUUCCAUUCCAGUUGUUUUAGCUAUUCUUGUUCUCCUGCUCCCUCACUAAACCCAAUUCCUGCACGUAUCAGAGGUCAGGGGUAGAUGACUUUUGUGGAUCCUUAGCCCUUGUCCUAAGAAGGGCUGGGAUGGUCUCCCAUGUACAAACAGCUGCAAGGUGGCCAGUGUAACAGGCCAUUUUAUGGUGGUCUUAUUUUUCCGGAUGGCUGCAGGCUCAUGUGCCCCGAAAUACUUUAGUACAGCCUGAACAAAGACCAAAGUAAUCGAUCCAGAGCAUAAGAUCUGCUGUGGCUCUGACCUCUUCAUCAUGUGCCCUGUGGCUGCCAUUUUCUAAAGUCAGCACAUGUGAGCUUUGCUGUUGUGCAGUGCACAGAUAACAUCAUUGAUACUGGCUGUUUUGCAUGCCUUUCCUCCACCUGCCUUUACCUCUUUUCUGUUGGAUGCUCCAGAUCCCUGGAUAUCGGUGUGGGAUGCUGAAUCAUUUCCAUGCUUUGUUGGCACAUGGGCUUAAACGAAUUUGGUCUUGAGUGAGUUUGUUUGUUUAUUUUUUCCAGUCAUCACACCUUUUUGUUCAGUAUGCAGUUUGACUUCUGACAGCUUUUUGCAGUCUUUCACGCUUCCCUUUAUAUGACCUAAAAAUUAUAAGCAGAAUACAGAAUAAUACAGUCACCUUUUCUGUGAGCAUAUUUAUUUAGCAGAUGUGUGGACAGAUAUCAGGCUUCCUGUUGUGUCUUUUUGUUAUCACUUGAUUUUUGGUUGAGUCAUGCAUCGAGUUGCACAAUACAUGUUGCAUUAAGCUGAAUGCACUAUUUGAGGACCAUAAUCCCCUGAAAUGCUAUGACUGGAGUUUAACUCACUGGGAUGUAUCCAGUGCUCUACAUUCCGUGAUUUGUUUUUCAGAAAAACAGUGGGUAAAAAAAUGCAUGGGUUAAAUUCAUCUCCUUAAUUUCCAGUAAAUUGUUUAGUGGCCUUUGUUUCCUGGAGUUACAAGGAUCCAAUCACUAUUGCUUUCCAAGGAGGGAACUAUCCUGGCACUUUCCUGUCCAAUCAGUGCACUUGCAUUCCAGUCAUCUGACAAUCUGGAAAUGUCUUUGUCCAAUCAGAGCUUGAAUCUUGGUCACUGUCUACUGGUAUAUCUAUCUUCUUGUAAUUCUUAAAUUUUAGAUACCUGACAGGUUGUCUGUCAUGUUUUGUUUUUUGUUUAGUUUUACUUUUGUGUGAAUACUAUAUAUUUUGUUAAAUUAUGCAGCUUCUAUGUGAGAGCUUUUUGUCUAAGCACUGCCCCCCAAAAUUGGCCUCUGCUGGUUUCUGUGUGUGGUUCAUGUGGAGCACAGACAUCACCCUACGAAUAGGAUUCUUAUAUAUAUUACCUGAUGUUGGGUUGGUCUCAGAAAGCAGCUGCUCCUUCUGUUAUGGAUCAGAUGAGUUUGGUGAUGAACGAAGCAGUGAUGUAGUGAACACUGGCGAUGUUUGUUUGAUUUUGUUUGUCUUUUGUGUCGUGCCUCUGUGUGUUCUGCACCCUUUUGGGCUGUGUAUGAUUAUACUGUUUCCAAGGGACCCGGUACAGUUAAUGUUGGAGUCUUUGGGAUUGUAAAAUAUGUCAGUAGAUGUGUAAAUACUGUUUUAUUAAAUAAAGCUCUGUAAAUAUACAGCUAA